CAGAGGAAGCCAAGCUGUUACUUCAGUUUCUGAGGCAAGACCAAAGCAUUGAUAAAUCGAUGUGUGAUGCUAUCCGGGAGGAAGCCUGCUGCAUUCUGCAGGACAUGUGCACUGAAGCUUUUGGUGCUAAUGCGAAGAACAGCUUUGUUGCUGCUGGUGAUGGAGUAGAGGAAUCUACAUGCAGGAUCAACACUGUCGGAAAAUCGCCUUGUCGUGAAUCUAAUGACAAGGAAGAUCCUAAAAGGGAGUUAGCAAGUGAAGGGUGCACAGAAAAGAUAGCGCUGAACGGGAAGGAGGGUAAUAUGGAGAAUGGGAUCAAGGAAAACACGGAGAAAACCGACAACUACACGCCUAGUGGCAAGGACAAUCGGGUACCAGCAGCCACUGAUUCUGAGAGUGUCACAUCCCUGACCGCACCUGCUGCCAUGGAGCAUAGGGACUUGACAGAGAGGGCUGAUGUUAAAGCCAGUGCUCCUGCACUUCCUCCUGCUCCUGAGAGCACCAAAUUGACUGUAGAGGCGAAGAUCGACAUGAUCUUCGGCAUGGUAAUAGGGAUGGCUAAGGACAUUGCGAUCAUUAAGGGGAGUCUGGAGAAGAUGCAUGCAACGCCGAGAGAAGCGAGUGAAGUGCCGGUAGGAUCUGAAUUUGGAGAUUCGGGUGUUCGCACUCCCUCGCAUCGAUCUUCUUGCGGCUCGGACAACACGGAGUUCACCAUGGUUGACUUUGAUUUCGCCAAGGACUAGACUCAGCUUGCAUCAUCCUCGUGCACCACUACAACUCCACCAUCAUGAUGAACGGUAAAAUCGAAAGAAAUGGCAAACAAAAUCAAAAAAAUUCGAGAUUUUGAUAAGUCUUAGCUCGUCUAGUAGUAGUUAUUUUAUAAGUUAGAAGACUUGGAUUUUGUUCAUA